AUGCUCUCACGAAGAACCAUUAGUGGAAUGUCUCUCCGCAGACUAUUUCAUAGUGCUUCAUACGCACUUAAAGAAGUAACACUCAGAAUAGAUGACACUCCUGUAACCAUAGAGGCGGGAUCUUCGAUCAUUCAGGCAGCAGAAAAGGCUGGCGUUAAGAUUCCAAGAUACUGCUACCACGAUAAACUUUCCAUUGCCGGCAAUUGCCGUAUGUGCCUUGUGGAAAUUGAGAGAUCACCUAAAAUGGCUGCCGCUUGUUCGAUGCCUGUGGCUCCUGGUAUGCACGUUCUCACCAAUACAGAUAAGGUGAAAGAUACGCGUGAAGGUGUCACCGAGUUUUUACUUUCCAAUCAUCCUUUGGACUGUCCCAUAUGUGAUCAGGGAGGAGAGUGUGAUUUGCAGGAGCAGACUCUGCGUCAUGGUUCUGACAGAGGCAGAUUCCAUGAGGUUACCGGUAAGAGAGCCGUUGAAAACAAGGCGAUAGGUCCUUUGGUGAAAACCUCAAUGAACAGAUGUAUCCAUUGUACUCGCUGUGUUCGUUUCCUCAAUGACAUUGCUGGUGCUCCUGAAUUCGGUACUACUGGUCGUGGUAACGACCUGCAAAUUGGAACUUAUAUCGAGAGAAACGUUAACUCUGAACUCAGUGGUAACAUUGUUGAUUUGUGUCCGGUCGGUGCCCUUACCUCUAAGCCUUAUGCUUUCAAAGCACGUCCAUGGGAGCUCAAGAGAACUGAGACCAUCGAUGUGCUCGAUGCAUUGGGUUCUGCCAUUCGUGUCGAUGCUCGUGGUGCUGAAGUUAUGAGAAUUUUACCUAUAUUGAACGAGGAAAUCAACGAAGAAUGGCUUUCUGAUAGGUCUAGAUACAGUUAUGAUGCCUUGAAGAUUCAGCGUUUGACAAAACCUCUUGUUCUUCAGGAUGGUGGUUUUGUUGAUGCUACCUGGGAUCAGGCUUUGGGUUAUAUUGCUGCUCAAAUUGCUAAGAUUGCUCCUGCCAAGAAUGAGGUCAAGGCUGUGGUUGGCCCACUAACUGAUGUGGAAUCUAUGGUGGCCAUGAAGGAUUUGGUUAACAGAUUGGAUUCUGACAACUUGGGCUUUGAUGUUGAUGUUAAGUCCGUUCCUUCUGCCGAUAUUCGUUCCAAUUAUCUCUUCAAUUCUAAGAUCGAAGGUAUUGAUGAAUGUGAUCAAAUGUUGAUUGUUGGCUCCAACCCUAGAUUCGAGGCUUCUGUGUUGAAUGCCAGAAUUAGAGGUAGAUGGCUCAGCUCUGAUUUGAAAGUUUAUCAUGUCGGUGAAAAGUUCGACACUACCUUCGAUAUGACCGAACUUGGUGACACUGCUGCUCAUUUGAAAAAGGCCCUUUCUGGUUCUGUGGGCAAGAAACUUGCCUCUGCGUCUAAACCUAUGAUUAUAGUUGGUUCCGGUGUGCUGGAAAAUACGGAUUCUGCUGCAAUUGAGAAAAUCGUCAAGGACUUUGUCAAAUCUAAAUCCAACUUCAACACCCCAGAAUGGAACGGCCUCAAUCUAUUGCAUCGCCAGGCCUCAAGAGCAGGUGCCCUUGAUAUUGGAUUUUACUCUCCUUCCAAAGCAGUCAGUAAAACAAUACCUAAGGUCGUCUUUUUACUGGGUGCCGAUGAAAUGGAUGCUUCUGCCAUUCCAAAGGAUGCCUUUGUCAUCUAUCUGGGUCACCACGGUGAUACCGGUGCUUCUUUAGCCAAUGUUGUUUUACCGGGCUCUGCAUACACUGAGAAAUCUGCUACUUUCGUCAACACGGAGGGACGUUCACAGAUGACUCAUGCUGCUACAGGUCCUCCAGGUGCUUCCAGAGAAGACUGGAAAAUUCUUAAGGCUCUUAGUGAAUACUUGGGUGUCGGUUUACCAUACGAGAAUAUUCGUCAACUACGUGCUCGUAUUGAAACCAUUGCUCCACAUUUGGUUAGAUACGAAUCUGUCGAGAAGACGUCUCCAGAGAUUUUCAAACUCGGAAUCGAUGCCGUUGUUGGUGCUCCUAGGGUGACGAAUAGUCCUCUCAUAAACCCAAUCAAAAACUAUUAUUUCGCUGAUGUCAUCUCCAGGAAUUCUAAGACCAUGGCCCAGUGCGUGGGUAGUUUCGGUACCAAGAUCGACAAGGUUAACGAUGAGAACGCUCACGCCUACCUUGGUGUUGCUUAA